AAUCCAAGAUACAAAUAGUUCUUCAUGGCUAGAUAGAAUCUCUAAGAUAAGAUACAAAUCCAAGAUACAAAUUGUUCUUCAUGGCUAGCUAGACUCUCCCCCCAGCUUUAUGAGAAGUGUUUCUUGUGGUUCAACUACUAGAGGAUGAAAAACUUUGACUGCUACAGCUCAUGUAGUGUCCAGAAACACUGGCAGACAUGAGCCAACCCUGCACUCCACCAUGAGACUAAUGAGACCCAAAGUGGGGUUCCCUAGAAGACCAAAUAUUUCUACUGUCAUCUUGGGCAAAACAGGUAGCUCCCGAAGUCUGGCUCAUUGACCAGGUAAUUCAGCUGGGAAUCUUCAGCUAAUCCAUUCUACAACUGUGUGUUAUUAUCCAUGCUGAUGCUUACUCCACAAUCUGUAGUACUCCCCCUUACCUAACACCCUCCCCACCCACCCUAGUCCCAAGUUCUCCUCCUGCCCAGGAAUUAGGCCCAGGAGGGAUCUUCCUUGGUUGGCCAGACAAGGUGAAGGCUCCCAGGGCUCUUAAUCCCCCACUGAUGAACUCACAGCCAACACUUAUUUGAGUCUCUACUGUGAGCCCUCUUAUGUCUGGCUCUGAAAACUGAAGUGAAUCAAAAAGUCAUAGCCCCUGCCCUGUGAACCUUACAGUAAGAAAGACUGUCCAGAACAGUAAGUAGUUUUGAGUGCAAAAGAGAAGUGCUGGGUGCCACGGAGCCUCUAUGGGAUUUUGUGGAAGCAGAGUGAUGGACUGGGAAAUGCAAUGUUUAGGCUAAAGCCAGAAAGAGAGCCAGCAUCAGGCGAAGAUUUAGUCUUCUGGGUACAGAAUGUUCAGAGGUCGGGAGGCGGGCAGGCCCCAGCAUGCUCCAGGAACUGAAUGUCAGGGCAGCCGGAGAGCACAGGACGAGUGGGCAGGGUGGCGACGGAGGAAAGUACGAGAAGGUUCCGCACUGCAACUCCUUGCAGAAAGCCUUCCGAGGUUAACCCUACUCCGCCUGGAGUCUUUGCCCAUCUGGUCCCAGGUUCCCCCUUGCAUGGGACCCUUCUGGGCUGCCUGGCCCCAGGAGCGACGCCCACGGCAGCAACUCUAACUUCUGGGGGCAACUAAGCAGGGAGGGGUGGCCCGUGGUCGUCGUACAGGAACACCUUUCCUGGACUGCGGACCUUGCACCUUGCAACGCGGACAGCGGGCACCGAGACCUCUCCGGACGGCCGCAACUCUCCGCAGUCUACGGUUGUUAAGCGCCGUGACGCAAAAAACUACACUCCCCACAACCCCUUGCGCCUCCCGCUCGCUGCGGUUGCUUAGGGCCAAUCGGGAGAGGCAGCUGUGGCGGGGGCCGAGGAGGGACAUUUUAAAAGGGCCGGAGAUUGCGGGCGUCAGUGGCCAUGGCGGAUACAGCAACUACAGCAUCGGCGGCGGCGGCUAGUGCCGCUAGCGCCUCGAGCGAUGCACCUCCUUUCCAACUGGGCAAACCCCGCUUCCAGCAGACGUCCUUCUAUGGCCGCUUCAGGCACUUCUUGGAUAUCAUCGACCCUCGCACGCUCUUUGUCACUGAGAGACGUCUCAGAGAGGCUGUGCAGCUGCUGGAGGACUAUAAGCAUGGGACCCUGCGCCCGGGGGUCACCAAUGAACAGCUCUGGAGUGCACAGAAAAUCAAGCAGGCUAUUCUACAUCCGGACACCAAUGAGAAGAUCUUCAUGCCAUUUAGAAUGUCAGGUUACAUUCCUUUUGGGACGCCAAUUGUAGUCGGUCUUCUCUUGCCCAACCAGACACUGGCAUCCACUGUCUUCUGGCAGUGGCUGAACCAGAGCCACAAUGCCUGUGUCAACUAUGCAAACCGCAAUGCAACCAAGCCUUCACCUGCAUCCAAGUUCAUCCAGGGCUACCUGGGAGCUGUCAUCAGCGCCGUCUCCAUUGCUGUGGGCCUUAAUGUCCUGGUUCAGAAAGCCAACAAGUUCACCCCAGCCACCCGCCUUCUCAUCCAGAGGUUUGUGCCGUUCCCUGCUGUAGCCAGUGCCAAUAUCUGCAAUGUGGUCCUGAUGCGGUACGGGGAGCUGGAGGAAGGGAUUGAUGUCCUGGACAGCGAUGGCAACCUCGUGGGCUCCUCCAAGAUCGCAGCCCGACACGCCCUGCUGGAGACGGCGCUGACGCGAGUGGUCCUGCCCAUGCCCAUCCUGGUGCUACCCCCGAUCGUCAUGUCCAUGCUGGAGAAAUUGAAACAUCCCAAUUAGAGCCGGAGAUAGCCCAGGCCACGAGCAGCCGGACAGUGGUGUACAACAAGGGGCUGUGAGUGUGGUCAGCGGCCUGGGGACGGAGCACUGUGCAGCCGGGGAGCUGAGGGGCAGGGUGGUAGACUCACAGCUGCACCUGCAGGGAGCAGCACACCAACCCCAGCAGUCCUGGGCCCCCUGGGAGAGUGUUCAACCUGCAGUGGAGGGAGACUGACCCAUUCACAUUUUAACAUAGGCAAGAGGAGUUCUAACACAUUUCGCACAAAAAAAUAAUCAAGUGCAUUUCUGGGCCUUAUGUGGGGUUGUCAGAACUCCACUCAGCACAAUUAUGUGUGAAGCUGAAAAAUUGUAGAGUGCCCAUGGGGUAGAAUUAGAAUCCUUUUAUACUUUGAUUCCUUUUUUAUUUUUAUUUUUUAUCAGAAUCAAAUCUGAGCCUUAGUUUCAGCUGACCAGAAGUGGCAGGAGGACAGGUGGAGGGGAGCCAGAUUAGGCCUGGAGUUGGGCUGGUUUGGUGGCCAGGCUGGUAGAUUUAGGAUAUUACAAUGGCCAGCCCAGAUGGCUCCCUGGGCUGGUGUGGGGAGGGGAGAGAAGGUGGUCUGCACCCCACAGGAUGAACUAGCCAUGACUAGGGUCCUCAGGAAGUGGCCCAGGGAAUCAGGGAGCACUGGAGGCCUCUGCAAGAUUCUGUGGGCAGCUGGCUCUGAAUGUAGCCAGCCCACAUCCAUUCCAGAGCUGCAGAACCAGUCCCUCUGAGUGAAGCCCGGUGACCCUGGAGCUAGGGUCCCCCUUCGUGGAGCUCAGACUGAUUCAGGGCCCCUGAAGUGACCCCAGCUCCAGGCAGGAAACCCUGAGAAGGAAUGGUGCUUGGCAGGAACCGUGGACCUGCACUUGGCCUCUUCGAGAAGAUCCUUCUUCCAGGCCCCAGGCUGGAUGCUGGGUACUGGGGCUGAGAGUGGGGCUGGACUGGGCUGGCUGCCUUCUGUGGAGCUUCUCCAGCCACCAAGGCUGCCCAUCCCAUCCCUUUCUAAGCAGGAAGGUCUCAUGCCUGAGAAUGCCUAGGCCAGCUCCUUAGACACCUGUCAGAGAAGCAGCAUCAACCUAGGAGCUGUGGGCCCUGGCUCUGGCACUAAAUGGCAGUGAGAUGUCGGACAAGUUCAUUCCCUUCUCUGAGCCUCCACUCCCUGUCUGAAACCAGAAGACUGGGUCAAAGGGUUCCCACUGGCUCCUCCAGCAAGACCUCGUCUUUGCCUGUCCUGCUCAGAUGCUGGUCAUCCUGGGCAUGUUCCCAGUGUGGACUCUGGACUGGGAAGGGGGCAGGCCCCUUUGGACCAGCAGUUGGCCUCAGAACCUGGACCUUGCCUUCUGUAUGUGACCCCAUAUGCCGGGAGCAGUUGACCUUUGCCAAACACUUUACAGUUCUGGAGGAGAAGGUAACAUAGAUGCCUGGGCCUGAUGGUGGGGCCAUACCCGUGUGUCGCCUCUCACUCCGGCAGCCUCAGAGGCCCCUUGCUGCUAGCUCCCAUCUCCCUCCCAUUUGCAGACCAGGAAGGAAGAGCAAGCUGUACAAAGGGAAGCAGAGCCUGGGGUGGGUGUGAGCAGGGUGACCCCUCAUCUGAAAGGCCCAAACCAGGGGGGAGCACCAGCCUCAAUGCAGCCCCCUCCUGACCCCACCUAGAAAGGAAGCCUCCACCUGCAGCCCCGGGCCUCCCUCCCCCGGGGUCUCCACCUCAGGGGAGACUUAGGCCAGAGGUGAACAUUCAUGUGUAGGAAGAGGCCGCUGCAGGGUGGAAUCUUAGGGCAGGGGAAGUGUGCUGAGGUGGGUCUUCCGUGGGCAUGGCCGUUGCCUCUCUGCCAGCCGCUGGUGCCCACCAGCUGGCUCUGCAGCACAUUGCCCUGAGGGGCCUGCCACUCUCCUGAGGAGCAGCCCACCUCCUGCCCGUGAGGAGGGGGAGAAGGCUUAGACAAGCCUGGAGGCCAACAUAGCGGGGGUGUGGGGGUGCCAUGGUGUUGGAGGGGCAGGCCUUUUUGAGCCAAUCCCACCACAAUGUGAAUAUGCCAGUGACUGCUGUGCUGUGCUGGUCUCUAGGCCUGAACUAGGUGCUGGCAUGUCUGCGUCCUCUUUUGAAAAGCUCACUUCAAGCUCACCCUGCUCCUACCUAUCAUAGGGUCUUAUUCUUGUGCACUUUAUCUUGGGACCAAAACUGCCUACCCACCCACCUCCCGCCCUCCCCCUGCCAGAGGCCUGGUGCCCUGGCCCAGCCUGUGGCCUCAGCAUCUCAUAACUCAUUUGCUUUGUCUCCCGGAUGAUUUCCGUCAUGCUCCCAAAUACAGCUUCAGGUGAGCCGAGGGGUCUGCUCCUGUGGCAGUGCAGUGGCAAACGAUCCAGAUAGCCCAGGGUGAGGGUGACAGAGGGACAGUGGGCUAUGCUACUAGGCCCUGGUCUGGGUUUGGAAAGCCCUGUAAGGGGAAACCUUCACCCAGCACCCAUGCCACACUCUGCUGAGGCCAGAGGAAGGGAGGCCUGAGGGGCAGAUUGGUUCAUGCCUGGGGUGGAGGCUAAGCCUGGACCCACAGUCAGGGCAGGGCUGGCCAGCUGUGCCAGAACACAACCCAUGCCUGCAAUGGUUCUGCAUCCCUGGUGUCCCUGCCUGGCCCUCCUCUGGUCACUUCAAACAUUCCCUCAGGCUUGGGGAUGCCCUUCUUCCAUUUCUAGACAGCAAUGUGAGGGCGCAGGGACCAAGAUGUCAAGCUGGCCAUGGAGUCAAGCUGGCCGACGGACCCCUUUCACCUCCUGGUUGUGAGCCGACUUCUUUCGUGUUCUGGCCUCUGGCCUGGGAGAAGGGCAGGAGCCUAGACGAGGAAAAAGGCCGGUGGACAGACCCAGGGUGGUCUUCAAGCCUGGCCCAGUGAGAGUGAGGCCCCCGCAUGCAAGCCUCAGCCACUCCCAGGGGCCUUUGCAGUGUCUUUUUAACCUCAGAAAAUUUCUCAAUCUAUGUGAUUUGUGUAAUACUAAUGAGCUUUGGGCAAUAAAUACGGGAUUUAAAGCA